UUGGACUCGUAAUCCUGGACCUCAACGCCGUCUAUCAGACAUCCUGUCAGCGAACACUUCGCCUCCGCAAUGCUGGUUUUGCUAGGCUGUGCACUGGCAAGGCUCACAAUUGCACAGCAAGAGCAGAACCGGUUGUGUGAUACUGCUUUGACCAUUUCUAAUGACUUCAAUGGCUCUCAAUCUGAGGACGGAAAGGGAAACGGCAGCAUUCACAACCGCUCGCUGUCUGCGUGGAACUGGAUACCGAAGUUUUCACCGCACAGAAUACCGCAGGUCAUCUUUGAAGCCCAGUGCAGCUCUGAAUAUUGCAUCUUGCCCACUGGUGUGGAUAAGAGACUGAACUCUGUGCCCAUUUAUCAGGACAUACUGGUGCUGAAACAGGAGAUGGAGCGCAAGAAAUGCUUCAGGGCCAUGUUUGAGAAAGUAAUAGUAGGCUGUACAUGUGUACGGGCUAAAACCUCCUGAAAUGAUUCAAAUGAUUAUGCUUAUUUAUUUCAAUCAAGCUGAGAAUUUUAACAUAUUUUAAGUUAUUUUGUAGAUGUUUUGACUUUUUUCUGAAUUAUUAAAUAGUUUCUAUUUAUUCAUUUAGAAGUUUAUUCAAAAGCCUAUCAUGGUUUUUUUCAUUUGUUCAGUACACACUCCAAUUUUUACCAAUAAAGAUCUGUCAUUUGGCCUUAAAUCUGCCCAAAUUGAUGUCUUGAGAUAGUAAAAACACUUUUUUUCUAAAAGAUGUUUGCAUUAUUUAA